CCCUUACUGUAACCGUUACUAAUUUUCUCGGAUCCCCUCAAAGACUGCGAUCGCUGCACCUAUCUUCGCCCUCCAAAAACCCCAGCCUUAGAUCUUUCUCUCUCUCUAUAUAUAUAUAUCUAUCUGUCUCGUUCUCUGGUCAAGAAUCAGCAGUAGAAGCAGUGAAGGAAGGGGGGGAGAAUGGAGGAGCCGUGCCGUGUUUCUUUUCGAGAUGGUCGUUUAGCAUCAAGAAAGGCAGAAGAAGCUGCCUGCAGACGAUUCCAAGCCGCCAGGUGGCUCGAUACCAUGGCAGGACCUCUUGGAUUGUCGCCAGAACCCUCGGAGAAAGAAUUUGUCUCUUGCCUGAGGAGUGGUCUCAUACUAUGCAACACCAUCAACAAGAUCCAGCCCGGUGCUGUUCAAAAGGUGGUCGCUAAUCCAUCGAUUGGCACUGCAUGGGAUAUCCAACCUUUACCUGCUUAUCAGUACUUUGAAAACGUGCGCAACUUCCUGGUUGCCGUGGAGCAACUGAAGCUGCCAAGCUUCGAGGCAUCAGAUCUUGAAAGGGAUACUUUGGAGGCUGGAUCAGCAGCGAAGAUUGUUGACUGUGUUCUUGCCAUAAAAUCAUAUCAUGAAUCGAAGCAGUGUAAUGGAGGGAAUGGGCCUUGGAAGCUUGCUAAGUCCCCAGUUGUUCCACAAUCUGCUGGCAGGAUGCAGUCACCCACCAUCUCAUUGAGCUCAGUCUCUUGUAGACGUUUAGACAUGUCAACCACCUCUGAGAAACAAAAAUCCAUGCAGAACGAGAAUCAAAAGAGUGAAGAUGCAAUGGAUUCGCUCAUGCGAGUGCUAUUUGAUUAUAUGUUUAAUUCAAAGGAGAGCAUCGACGAAAACCUUUUAAAAUCAUGGAAUCAGGGAGGAAAGGAUCCAAUCAAGCUAUUCAGUAAAAUCAUGUCAAGCUGUCUGAAAGAGCAACAGUUGAAAUCAAUUCUUCAAGACCUCUUGUUGGAAGGGACUGUGGCGAUCAAUGGUCCAAUAACAACUCAAGAUCACAAGCAUUGUAAAUUGUGCUUGGGGAAAGGUGAUUGCUAUCAUUGGAAUCGCUUGGAAGCACAAGAAAGCAAACUAAAGGAACUCAGGGCUUUGCUACUAAACACCAGGGUUGAAUUCAGAACUCUGCAGACCCAAUUACAAAACGAUUUUGCACAACUAGGAGUCCAGAUUCAAGGGCUAUCUGUGGCUGCUCAUGGGUAUCAUCAAGCUGUCAAAGAAAACCGGCAGCUGUAUAACACACUUCAAGACUUAAGAGGAAAUAUCCGGGUAUUUUGCAGGAUCAGGCCGAUGUUCAAUGAGGAAGCAAAAUGUACUAUAGAUUACAUUGGAAAUGAAGGCUCAUUGAUGGUUAUUGAUCCACUUAAAGCACAAAAUACACGCAAAAUAUUUCAGUUUAACAAAGUUUUUGGCCCAACUGCUACACAGGAUGAAGUAUAUAGGGACACCCAGGCUUUAAUAAGAUCUGUCAUGGAUGGCUAUAAUGUUUGCAUAUUUGCCUAUGGUCAAACAGGAUCUGGUAAAACAUACACUAUGUGUGGCCCAUCAAACGGAUCAAGUAAAGACAUAGGAAUCAACUAUAUGGCUCUGAAUGAUCUAUUUCAAUUAUCAAGUAUCAGGAAGGAUGUAAAAUAUGAUAUUCGAGUUCAGAUGGUUGAAAUUUAUAAUGAGCAAGUCCGCGACCUUCUAGCAGAAGAUGCAUCAAACACAAAAUUAGAAAUUAGGAGUUGUUCAAGCAAUGUUUGGCUGAGCCUUCCAGAUGCCACCAUGCACCUUGUGCAGUCUACUGCUGAUGUUCUUAAUCUUAUGAAACUGGGUGAGAAGAAUCGUGCAUUUGGCUCGACAGCAAUGAACCACAGAAGCAGCCGCUCUCAUAGUGUGUUGACAGUGCACGUGCACGGUAAAGACAUGUCAGGCAGUGCUAUUCAUAGUUGCCUGCAUUUGGUGGACCUUGCUGGCAGUGAAAGGGUGGAUAAAUCUGAAGCUACGGGAGACAGACUGAAGGAGGCACAACAUAUCAACAAAUCUCUUUCCUGUUUGGGAGAUGUCAUAACAGCUUUAGCUCAGAAGAAUUCUCACAUUCCAUAUAGAAAUAGCAAGCUCACACAGUUGCUACAAAACUCACUAGGUGGAAAUGCGAAGAUGUUAAUGUUUGCUCAUGUGAGCCCAGAAGCUGAUUCUUAUGGGGAAACAAUCAGUACAUUGAAAUUUGCUCAAAGGGCAUCCACUGUUGAACUGGGUGCUGCUCAUUUGAACAAAGAAAGCAGUGAGAUCAGGGAACUCAAGGAACAGAUAGAUGGUCUCAAGAAGGCAUUGGCAAUCAAGGAAGGAGAGAAGUCUAUUUCUUCACAAAAAAUGAAAGAAAAUAAUCCAAACUUGGAGAGAUUGAAACAGUUUACAGAGCGCACCCCUCCGCGUCCACGAAGGUUGAGCGUUGGGAAUCCUACUGUUCUGAAGAAUGGAACAGUGAACAACCCAGAUGAAAGAAAGGUGCUGAAGUCCCCUAUAUCAAGACUUAAGCUUGCUACAGAUUAUGCACCAAUUUAUAACCAUAGAUUGAGCUCAGAAGGUUCCAAGGUUGAAAAGAAACAGCUAGAAGUUAAAACUGCAGCUUCACAUAUUUAUUCAAAAUUCUCUGCAGGAGAGCCACAUAAAGAGAAUAUUCUUUGUGCUCAAGUGGCAUUUCAAGACUCUGCAGUUGCAAAAGCAAGUUUGUACAAUGAGAACUGCUGCAGUAUAGUUGCUACAGAGGCCUUCCACCAAUGCUCUCCUGGUACUUGCAAUUCAGCUUGUUGCAGUCAGCUGCCAAAGGUGGAGAGCAGAUCUCGAAUACAUCUCCAUCAGACAACCUCUGAUCCAGCUGCAAAACUGGAUGAGAUAGUGACAACUCCGGAUGAGACCAGUUUUGUUACUAAAUCUCAGUCAAGGAGCUCCACUAUUAAUGCUAGCAGCAAAGGAUCUCAUAUAAGGAAAUCUCUACAGAGCAUUGGACAAUAUAUUAAUGGCUCUGAAAGAAGGAACAUCCAGUAUCAAUCAAAAACACCUUCGGAAUUUGCUAAAAGCAACAAUUUUGAUGUGAAGUCACCAAUGACAGCUGAUGCCAGGAUACGAAGGAGGCAAUCAUUAACCAAUGUUCGGACACUAGGUUCGGACAUAUCAUGGAGAUCUUCUCUUGGUGGGAAGUCAGUGGAUUCAUAUCCGAAUGAUAUCCAAAGUGCAAGGACUCCACCUAUCCAGUCAUCUUCAAAGGCCAUAAAAAGUUGGUUAUGAAUCUAAUGCUGCAGAGAAGGAGAGGUCUUAUUUUUCUUGAUGCUCUUUUAUAUAUGACUCGCAGUAGUGGUUGCUUCUUCUUGAAGCUUUUGGAGGAAGAUUUUUGAAAGUCUGACUUUGUUGAUUAAAGAAGCAUAUUGUAUUCUCAGUUGCAAUUUUGUCUCUGACAAUCUUAUUGAGAAACAUCUGGGACGCCCUUUUUUUGUUAAGAAUAUUGUUUCCCUUACAUUUUUUUCAUGCAGAAUAAAUGAUUCGGACUUGAAUGUA